CCCUAAAUCCCUGCAAAUAUCGAAACCAAAAAAGGUUAAUUUAAGACCCCAUUUUCUUUUACUCAAAUUUGCCUUUCUCCCGGGGUUCAAAUAUCCAGUAGCCAAAACGGGUCUGCCAUUGUGGAUGUUGGGUUUAGAUGCCGACCGUUUGCGAGCCGACCUGAACCGUUUGCUCGCUUUCCUCUUUCACCAGGGGAUAUUAGACGAGCAAUACCUACAACUUCAACAGCUUCAAGAUGAAAGCUCACCUAACUUCGUAUCAGAAGUUGUCAACAUCUAUUUCCAUGAAUCCGAGAAGCUCUUGAGGAACCUCAGAUCUUUACUGAUGGAUAGAGAGUUCUCGGAUUACGACAAAAUGGGAAUCCAUUUGAAUCAGUUCAUAGGAAGCAGCUCAAGCAUAGGUGCUAAAAGGGUUAGAAAUGUUUGUGUCGCCUUCCGUGCCGCUUCCGAUCAGAACAACCGUGCUGGGUGCUUGAGAGCUUUAGAGCUCUUAGAACAUGAGUAUUGUAUCCUCAAGAAUAAAUUGCAUGAGCUUUUCCAGAUAGAGCAGCAAAGGCUACUAGCAGCUGGAGUUCGAUACCCAAUGCUUAAUUAACUAAACCCCCAAAAAGCAUGCAGCUUUCAUGUUUCACUAAAAGAAAAACCAGACAAGUCCCAGAGCUGGGUUUUGUAAUAUCUGUAGAGAGAGAAGAAAAAAAAAUUGGGAAAGAAAAAGGGUUGUUUUCAUUGCAACCUUUGUCAUUGAUUCUUACUUUGUUUGAGUUUGUCACUUUUGAAUCCAAUAUUAUGAAAUGAAAUUA